AUGAACGAUUAUGAAGUCUUUCGUCAGCUUGCUACACAUCCUUUCACGUCCGCAACACUGGAGAUGUUGCAAUCCGCCUUGCGGGUCAUCCGCAGGCGCUACCCGGUCUCUUUCAACGGAGACACCGGGACAGAUAGUGCGGAGUUUCCACCACGGGAAGCCUUCGAGCAAACAAAGAUGCCGUUUCAUGUGACGAGCGGAUGGAUUGAAUACAUGAAGACUAUAGGUAACUCCAUCCAUAACACAGCACAAGAGGUGUCGCCAUCGUUGCGGCGUUUUGCCAGGGGCGACCACUCCGUGGAUCACGACGUAGUCACCGAUUAUACCGGCCUGCUGCAAUCAUCUUAUCCGUCGUCACACUACGCAGACCCUGUAAUUUUCACGUCGAAUGGCCUGGAAACAGCUGCUACGCUCUGCAGCACUUCCGGUGCCAUGACGGUAAUUCCAUGCAACUACGAAGGGGCCUGGUGUGCGGCCGUCGCCUACGCAGAUUGCGUACAGCUGUACGGAGUGCAGGCUGAAAGCAGCUCUACAAUGGUAGAACGCUUACAGGAUCUGUUUCCUGGCCGCAAAGUCCGCUUACCCGAGCCUCUUGUUGCAACACGACUCGAAGAUACUGGAGUUUUGAUGCUGCUGAGCAUGCGAAUGCUCGUCGGCGGAAGUGUGCCGGCGCAGUGUGCCGACGUCGCGUUUUUACAGCGUUCGCGAGCACGAAUCUUCGUAGAGCUCUUGACCAAAAAGCUGGAUGCAGAGGAUCGCGAUGUCGCCAGCCGGAUCCAGGAAGCGCACGCGGAGGACUCUCUCUUUUUCGAUGAAGCUUUCGCACACGGAGAAGACCUCCGCGUGCGGACCGACGCGAUGAUCCCAGCAGAUAUAGGAGAUGGAGUCGACUUUACGCUUGGUGCCUCUCCCGACCCUGGAGCUUUCUCCUUAACGGGACUAGGCUCCGGCGUGACGACCAGUUUGUUGCCUCGGGCCCCGCAUCAUUCAUCGUCGUCCCCGCAGCCGGCCGGCCCUGCCUACGAGAAGUUCACCUCACUGCGCAGUGGGCGUACAUUCGGCGUAGGCACGUUCGAGAUGCCUCCGACCAUGUCUGGGGAAUGCAAAACCAUGCUCGCCAUGAUGAGCGAGGCCGUCGCCUUCUACCGAAGCUCUCGCCUGUCGGGGAGCUCCGAACUUGCAGUGAUUUGGUCCGCGAUCAGGACCGGACAAAAGAAGAGAUGCUGCGGCUCAAAAGCGAUCGGGAACUUGCCUUGCGCUUGA